AUGGGUAAGAUUAAGAAGAAGGGACAGGCCGGAGCGGCCAAGAACUAUGUUACCAGAAACCAGGCCAUCCGUAAGCUGCAAAUCAGCCUGCCCGAUUUCCGCAAGCUCUGCAUCUGGAAGGGUAUUUACCCUCGUGAGCCUCGCAGCAAGAAGAAGGUUUCCAAGUCCUCUACUGCCUCGACGACCUUCUACUAUGCCAAGGACAUUCAGUACCUUCUGCAUGAGCCGCUGCUUCAGAAGUUCCGCGACCAAAAGGCCCUCGAGAAGAAGAUCUCUCGCGCCCUCGGCCGUGGAAACGUUGGCGAUGCGAAGAGACUCGAGAAGAACGCCGCGCGCCCUGAGGAGACGGGCAAGCCGAGAUACACCCUCGACCACGUCAUCCGUGAGCGUUACCCGACUUUUAUCGAUGCCAUCCGCGACCUCGACGACUGCCUUUCCAUGCUGUUCCUCUUCGCCAACCUGCCCUCGACCUCGUCCGUGCCCGCCAAGAUGAUUGCGCGCUGCGAGCGCCUGACCCUCGAGUUCCAGCACUACCUCAUCGUUUCGCAGGCCGUUACCAAGUCUUUCCUGUCCAUCAAGGGUAUCUACUACCAGGCGAACAUCCAGGGUGAGGAUGUUUUGUGGCUGGUUCCCUACAAGUUCAACCAGAGGGUCGUUGGCGAUGUCGACUUCCGCAUCAUGGGUACUUUUGUCGAGUUCUACAUGACCCUCCUGGGCUUCAUCAACUUCCGCCUGUACACGUCAAUCGGUCUCAAGUACCCUCCCAAGUUCGACCAGAACAAGGAUGACCAGUCCGCCGAGCUCGGCGCCUUCACCAUUGAGGGCCAGAACCUCGCUGCGCCCGAGGCCAAGCAGCUCACCAACGGAGAGGCCGAGCACCAGGUUGAUCCCAAGACGCAGGCCGCGGUCAACAAGGUCCUCAAGAAGCUCAAGGACACCGAUGCCGGCGAGGAGAGCAAGCCCGAGGAGCAGACCGAGUCCGCCGAGGAGCCUACGGAUGCCAUCGACAAGUUCGAGCCCGCGGCGCCAGGUGGCGAUGUCCUUCCCCAGCCUGAGUACUCGAGCUCCGACAGAGGCAAGCUGUUCGCCAACUGCACCUUCUUCCUCUCCCGUGAGACCCCGAGACAGCCUCUCGAGUUCCUUCUCCGUUCAUUCGGCUGCAAGCGCAUCGGCUGGGACGCUGUCCUCGGCGAGGGCGCCUUCACGACCAACGAGCGCGACCCUUCCAUCACCCACCAGAUCGUCGAUCGUCCCCAGGUGUACGCUGGGAACAACGAGGGCGGCGACGGAGAGGACAACCAGACAUCCCAGAAGCUGGCGCCCAACCAGCGCAUCCCCGGCAGGAUAUACAUCCAGCCCCAGUGGGUCUGGGACAGUGUUAACGAUGAGGAGCUCAAGCCCGCGGACCAGUACGCCCCCGGCGCCCAGCUGCCUCCCCAUCUUAGCCCCUUUGUCAGACAGGUCCAGGGUGCCUACGACCCGACUGUGCCUCUCGAGGAGCAGGAGCCCGAGGGCGAGGCGCUCGCCCAGAGCGACGACGAGAUGGAUGUCGACGGCGAGGAUGCCGCCAACGACAUGGACGUCGCCGGAUCCGACGAUGAAGAUGAUGAGGAGGAGGAUGGCGCUGAGGAAGAUGCCUCUGCCGAUGAGGACGAGGAGGAAUUGUCCGACGACGAGGAGGCUCAGCGCCAGCUCGAGCUCGAGGCCGAGCUUGCCGGCGGCAACGUCAAGGCCAAGGAGACGAAGCCCAAGUCCAAGAAGGAGGCGGCGCGCAAGGCUCACGCCAAGAAGGUUGCUGAGGAGGCUGAGGACCUCGAGCGUGCCAAGGGUAUGCUGAGCAAGAAGAAGAGGAAGCUGUUUGAGCAGAUGCAGUACACUAAUAACAAGAAGAGCGCCGUGGACGAGAAGCUCAGGUCCAAGAGGAGAAAGCUGGAGAAGCAGCUCAACAAGAAGGAGAAGGCGUAG